GCUUUGUACAGAACUGGUUUGUGACCUGUUUGAUCCUAGCAGGGGUUCACCAGUGGAAGGCAGUAGUGAAGAUGCAUAUUAAGUCAAUCAUUCUGGAGGGAUUCAAGUCCUAUGCUCAGAGGACUGAAGUCAACGGUUUUGAUCCCCUCUUCAAUGCCAUCACUGGUUUAAAUGGUAGUGGAAAAUCCAACAUACUGGACUCUAUCUGCUUUUUGCUGGGCAUUUCCAACUUGUCUCAGGUUCGGGCUUCUAAUUUACAAGAUUUAGUUUACAAGAAUGGACAGGCUGGUAUUACCAAAGCCUCAGUGUCCAUCACCUUUGAUAAUUCUGACAAAAAGCAAAGUCCUUUAGGAUUCGAGGUUCAUGAUGAAAUCACAAUAACAAGACAGGUGGUUAUUGGUGGCAGAAAUAAAUAUUUAAUCAACGGAGUAAACGCAAACAACACUAGAGUACAAGACCUCUUCUGUUCUGUUGGCCUUAAUGUUAACAACCCUCACUUUCUCAUUAUGCAGGGUCGAAUUACAAAAGUAUUGAAUAUGAAACCUCCAGAGAUUUUAUCUAUGAUAGAAGAAGCAGCUGGAACCAGGAUGUAUGAAUACAAAAAAAUAGCUGCCCAGAAAACUAUAGAAAAAAAGGAGGCUAAGCUGAAAGAAAUUAAGACGAUACUUGAAGAAGAGAUUACUCCAACUAUUCAAAAAUUAAAAGAGGAAAGAUCUUCCUAUUUGGAGUAUCAGAAAGUAAUGAGAGAAAUAGAACAUUUGAGUCGUUUAUAUAUUGCUUAUCAGUUUUUGCUGGCUGAAGAUACCAAAGAACGCUCAGCUGAGGAGUUAAAAGAAAUGCAGGAUAACAUUGUAAAGCUUCAAGAAGAAUUGUCUGAGAAUGACAAAAAAAUAAAAGCACUUAAUCAUGAAAUAGAAGAAUUAGAAAAAAGAAAAGACAAGGAGAUUGGUGGUGUGCUCCGCUCUCUGGAAGAUGCUCUUGCAGAGGCUCAGCGAGUUAAUACUAAAUCCCAGAGUGCCUUUGAUCUCAAGAAGAAAAACCUGGGAAGUGAAGUAAACAAACGCAAAGAGCUGGAAAACAAUAUGGUGGAGGACUCUAAAACUUUAGCAGCAAAGGAAAAAGAGGUGAGAAAGAUCACAGAUGGCCUGCAGGCCCUUCGGGAGGCGAGCAGCAAGGAUGCCGAAGCCCUGGCCGCCGCCCAGCAGCACUUCAAUGCCGUGUCCGCCGGCCUGUCCAGCAGUGAAGACGGGGCAGAGGCAACCCUCGCGGGUCAGAUGAUGGCCUGCAAGAAUGACAUCAGUAAGGCCCAGACGGAGGCCAAGCAGGCCCAGAUGAAGUUGAAACAUGCCCAACAAGAAUUAAAGGCUAAACAGGCCGAAGUUAAAAAGAUGGAUAGUGGUUACAGGAAAGAUCAAGAAGCAUUAGAGGCUGUGAAGAAACUUAAAGAAAAACUUGAAGCUGAAAUGAAAAAGCUAAAUUAUGAAGAAAACAGGGAAGAAGGCCUUUUGGAAAAGCGCAGGCAGCUGUCUCGUGAUAUCAGUAGACUGAAGGAAACAUACGAAGCUCUCUUGGCCAGGUUUCCCAAUCUUCGAUUUGCAUACAAGGACCCAGAGAAGAACUGGAACAGGAACUGUGUGAAAGGGCUUGUAGCUUCUCUAAUCAGUGUCAGAGACCCUUCUACAACCACAGCUUUAGAAUUGGUGGCUGGGGAACGACUCUACAACGUUGUGGUCGACACAGAGGUGACUGGUAAAAAGCUACUAGAGAAGGGGGAGUUAAAGCGUCGAUAUACCAUAAUUCCACUCAAUAAAAUUUCAGCCAGAAGUAUUGCUCCAGAAACCCUGAGAGUGGCUCAGAAUCUUGUUGGCCCUAACAAUGUUCAUGUGGCUCUUUCCCUGGUUGACUACAAACCAGAACUUCAGAAAGCCAUGGAAUUUGUUUUUGGAACAACGUUUGUUUGUGACAAUAUGGAUAAUGCCAAAAAAGUGGCCUUUGAUAAAAGGAUAAUGACUAGAACUGUAACUCUAGAGGGUGAUGUAUUUGAUCCCCACGGGACCUUGAGUGGAGGUGCUCGAUCCCAGGCAGCUUCUAUUUUAACCAAAUUCCAGGAACUCAAAGAUGUACAAGAGGUGCUAAAAAUUAAGGAGCGAGAGCUACAGGCUCUGGAAGAGGAAUUAGCGGGUCUUAAAAAUGUUGCUGAAAAGUAUCGCCAACUGAAACAGCAAUGGGAGAUGAAAACUGAGGAGGCAGAUUUAUUACAAACCAAGGUCCAGCAAAGCUCCUAUCAUAAGCAGCAAGAAGAAUUAGAUGCCCUUAAGAAAAUCAUUGAGGAAAGUGAGGAGACAUUAAAAAACACCAAAGAAAUUCAAAAAAAAGCAGAGGAAAAAUACGAAGUACUGGAGAAUAAAAUGAAAAAUGCAGAAGCUGAGAGAGAGAGAGAACUGAAGGAUGCUCAGAAAAAACUGGAUGGGGCCAAAACAAAGGCGGAUGCGUCUAACAGGAAAAUGAAAGAAAAGCAACAGGAAUUUGAAGCUAUUACUCUGGAGCUAGAAGAGCUCAAGAGAGAGCAAGCAUCCUAUAAACAACAGCUUGAAGCUGUAAAUGAAGCUAUCAAAUCCUAUGAAGAUCAGAUUGAAGUAAUGGCAUCUGAAGUGGCUAAAAAUAAAGAGUCAGUAAAUAAAGCUCAAGAAGAGGUGACCAGGCAAAAAGAAGUGAUCACAGCCCAGGACAAUGUCAUUAAAGCAAAUAUGCAGAAGUGGCGAAACAUAAAGAGCAAAACAAUGACGCAGCUUAAGAUAAAGGAAUUAGACCACAACAUCAGCAGACACAAGCGGGAGGCUGAGGAUGCUGCUGCGAAGGUAUCCAACAUGUUGAAAGAUUAUGACUGGAUUAAUGCCGAGAAACACCUCUUUGGCCAACCCAAUAGUGCCUAUGAUUUCAAAACUAACAACCCAAAAGAAGCUGGCCAGAGACUUCAGAAACUGCAGGAAAUGAAGGAGAAGCUAGGAAGAAAUGUCAAUAUGAGAGCCAUGAAUGUACUGACAGAAGCUGAAGAACGGUAUAAUGACUUGAUGAAGAAGAAGAGAAUUGUAGAAAAUGACAAAUCCAAAAUCCUUGCAACUAUAGAAGACCUUGACCAGAAGAAAAACCAAGCCCUAAAUAUUGCUUGGCAAAAGGUAAACAAGGACUUUGGGUCUAUUUUUUCUACUCUUCUGCCUGGCGCUAAUGCUAUGCUUGCACCACCAGAGGGACAAACUGUUUUGGAUGGUCUAGAGUUCAAGGUUGCCUUAGGAAAUACCUGGAAAGAAAACUUAACUGAACUUAGUGGUGGACAGAGGUCUUUAGUGGCCUUAUCGUUAAUACUGUCCAUGCUGCUCUUCAAACCUGCUCCAAUUUAUAUCCUGGAUGAGGUGGAUGCAGCCUUGGAUCUUUCUCAUACCCAGAAUAUUGGUCAGAUGCUUCGUACUCAUUUCACACACUCUCAGUUCAUUGUAGUAUCCCUGAAAGAAGGUAUGUUCAACAAUGCAAAUGUCCUUUUCAAAACCAAGUUUAUGGAUGGCGUUUCUACAGUAUCCAGAUUUACUCAAUGUCAAAAUGGAAAGAUUUCAAAAGAAACAAAAUCCAAAACAAAAGGACCCAAAUGAUCCCAUGUGGAAGUUUGA